GUCUGCAUUUCGCGUUAUUAGAACUUACCACCACCCUCAGAAUUUGAGUCCCUGCGUAUAAUAUAAAACCCCCCUUCAUCCUUCUCCAUUCUCCUACACCACCAUCAUCCCUCCAUCUGUGCGCAGCCAUGGCAGAGGAGUUUGAAGCGCUCACCAGAGCUUUCUCCGGUCUCGGUGGUUUGGGGGUGGACGAGAGCUCGUUGGUCACUGCGAUAUCCAAAUGGCGCAAGCAGCCGGAGAAACGGGGAGGCUUCAGGAGUGCCUCCCACUUCUUCGACUCCAAAGGAAGCUUUGACCGAUGCGAAGACACUUUCAUCCGAGCCAUCGAGGAAGAAUUCUCACGCUUCAAGAAUAUCAUGGUGGAAUGGACAAUGCAUCCAUGGGAAAGGGAUGCACGAUGGAUUCACCUAGUCCUCCACAAGGAUUAUCCAAUCAGUGUGAUAGUUGAGAUUGCUAGUACCAGGUCUUCCGAUGAGCUUCUUGGAGUAAGGAAGGCCUACCAUGCUCUUUAUCACCAUUCUAUAGAGGAAGAAGUCGCUUACCGUGUGAAGGAAAACUACUCUGGACUUCUAGUUGGACUUGUAAGCGCAUACAGAUACGAAGGUUCUCGAGUUGAUCAUGAGAUGGCAAAGUCCGAGGCCAAGAUACUCGGAAACUCAAUCAAGAAUGCAAGCAAAAAGGACCCUGUAGAGGAUCAGGAGGUCAUUAGGAUACUAACAACAAGAAGCAAAGCACAUAUCUCCCUUACUUUCAAGCACUACAAGGAAAUGUUUGGCAAGUCCAUUGAUAAGGACUUAGUUGAUGAAUCAUGCCUACAUGAAGCAGCGCAGUGCUUGGAAUCAGCUCCAAAGUAUUUUAGCAAGGUAAUUGACAAGGCUUUCGAAGGAGCACAUAAGACUGGGAAAGAUGCACUUGCAAGAGUGAUUGUAAGUCGAGCUGAUGUGGACAUGGAAGAGAUAAAAAAAGCUUAUCAAGAGCAAUACAAUGCCAAACUGGAAGACAUGAUAGUAAAGAAUACCCAUGGCAACUACCGGGAAGCAUUGCUUUCCUUGGUACAAAACUGAGAUCAUUUAUAUAUGUUAUCGUCCAUUAUAUGUCAUGUUCCAACCAGUGCAUGUUCUCUACAUAACUAGAAAAGCAUUUGAAUGGGUGAAUAAAAUUAUAGGAAGUAGAUUCAAUUGAGGCAAUAAUGAGUUGAGACUGAAUAUGUGCUCAGUCUCUAUGGUGUGGUCUGAGUGACUAUUAAGCAUUUGUUCUCAUCAUUAGUUUGUUAUUGGUGAUCUUGAUCUGUUGUACUCAUUUGAAGGUGAAACUUGAUUUAUGAUGAUGCAGAUUUUCUCAA